UUAAAAGCACGCUUUACUCUUAACUACGGAGUACUUGCCCAAGACUUUAUUGGGACGUAAGCCAUUGGUGAACGGAAUCUAAUUACGGAGUAAUUCAACACUUCAUCUACACGCCGUUAUCUGGAUUAUGUUGCGCAAACUAAAAAAAACCAAGCUUGUAUUUGUACUCUUCGUUUAUUAUAUUGCUCAUCAGAUGUUCGACGAAAUGCCAAUUCCAAAAACUUGUUGUUUCCAUUCACACUUCCAUCAUCACAAUAUCACAUCAUCCUUUUCUAGAAAGCCAAUUCUCCCACCAUACAAAUAUUAAUUAUUUCCUCAUUCUCCACUUUCCAAUUCUAUCUUAUUAUCUGACCAAUUCUUAUUCUUUUAGGAGAGAGAAAAUAUAAUGGGGAACAACAUGGGUGGAGGAAGCAGUAAAUCAGCAAAAAUCAUGAAAAUCAAUGGCGAAAACUUCAAAUUGAAAAUACCAGUGAAAGUUUUUGAUGUAAUUAAAGAUUACCCAGAUCACAUUUUGUUAGAUUCUGAAGAAUUUCUUCGGUUUAAUCUGAGAGCUAAACCUUUAAACCCAGAAGAUGAGCUAAAACCCAGAAAAAUCUAUCUUCUAGUUGAGCUACCCAAGUUUCCUCUGAAUAAUCAAAGCCCUCUUAGGAAGGUGCGAUCUAGUGUGCUGGCGUCCACUGCAACAAAUAGAGAUGUGAUGAUGAUGAAGAAAGAAUCUCGGAGAUCUGCUUCUGAUGAUCUUACGAUCUUGACGAGAUCAACGGCUGCUGAUUUUGUCGAUGUCGAUGACGGUGGUGAUGGUAGUAGUCCUGUGGGUCCUACAAGGGUUAAGAUGAGGCUGUCGAAGGCUCGGGUGCAGAAGAUAAUGGAGGAGAGUGGAGAUGAUAAUCUGGAGGCUGCUAAGAGGAUAAUUCGGCUUUGUUUAAAAGAAAACGCCGCCGUCUCGAGCGGCGACGUGGCGGUGGAGGAAAUAGAAAGUGAUGAAGAUGUUAAAGUGGAGACACAUUGUUUGAAUGUUUAUGGGAUGUGCAGUCCUUGCUCAAUUUACCGCAGUAAGUAUAAGAAAUUAACCUCCUAGUUGUACGUAUAUGUACGUAUAUUGUACGGGUACAUGUCCGAGUAUUCGAUAGCAUCGAAGACGUGCCAAUGUCCGAGUAUAUGUCUUCUUCUAGAGUGUCCAUGUGAGAAAAUGGAGUGUUCGAGUAGCAUUUACUAGUAGAAAGAGUAAUAUUCUUAGGUUUUGUUAGUAUUUCAAUUAGGCAAGUUGAAAAGAAAUGUACAAAUUAGGUGCAAAAUGUAAAUAGUGUGGUUGAUGGUAAGAUCCAAUCAUGAGUUUUGAGUUGAGUAAACUUGACGAUUAACUUGCAAGA